GCAAAAUGUUCUUCAUUUAAAGAGAAAACGGAUCAAUUUUGUAGGGUUUUCUAUACAUUGCUUGUUCGAGAAGUUAUCCUUUGGUAUUAAGAAACAACGAGCUGUAUAGAUCCCCUGAGAUGUAUACUGUGAUCAAAAGGGUUUUGUGACAUUAAUUUUCAAACCUGGAAAAUGAUCACGGACGACCCUGAUAUUCGAGUUUUGUUUUUUGAUUUGUAAUUAGGAUUUUUUUUUUAGCAUAGUGUUGUUGUUUGUAAAAAAAAUACUUAAAAAUGGGUUGUGGAUUCCACUACUCUUACAUCAUCUUCUUGAUCAUUAGCCUUCAAGCUCCUCUCUCGUUUUCUAUCAAUUCCCAAGGAUACGCAUUGUUGAAGUUCCGGGCAAGAGUGAACUCGGAUCCUCAUGGAACUCUUGCAAACUGGAAUGUUUCUGGUAAUGAUCUCUGUUCUUGGUCAGGGGUGACUUGUGUUGACGGUAACGUGCAGAUUCUGGAUCUUAGCGGAUGUUCUUUGGAAGGAACAUUAGCUCCUGAGCUUAACCAACUAACUGAACUAAGAUCUCUGAUACUCUCCAAGAACCAUUUCUCUGGAGAGAUUCCAAAGGAGUAUGGGAGUUUCACAAAACUUGAAGUCUUGGAUUUGAGAGACAAUGAUUUAACCGGAACAAUACCACCUGAACUAACCAAAGUCUUAUCGCUAAAACACUUGCUGCUUUCUGGUAACAAAUUUCAAAGCGAUAUGAGUAUAAAGAGCCUGAGACUUUUUGCUGUUCUUGGCUGUGCAAAUAGAAAAUUUGGACACUGUUUUUCAAGAAACCAUAUCAUUCGAGUAAAAAAAGUUGAAGCAUUUGUAUUCCGUAUCAAAGCAACUUCAAGACGUUUCUUGAAAGCACUCCCACGGUUUUUGGACCAAACUGAUAUCUUCAAACGACGUGAGUUACUUGAGGAGACAAGUAACUUGGCGGCUGAGCCUGCUCCUAGUCCUUCUCCUGAGACUACAACUGAAGCCUCUCCUCGAAGCAGCGGAUCUUUCCCAGCAGUAACCAACGCAAAGAAGAGGGUACCACCUUUACUCCCUCCUCCACCUUCUCCUGAUGAGGACACUAGCUCUGACUCCUCCGAGAAUCAGCCACAAGAUAAUAAACAGUCAAAAGGAUCAAAACAUGUAUGGCUCUAUGUGGUUAUCUCGGUUGCUUCUUUCAUCGGUUUACUGAUUAUAGUAGCUGUCAUAAUCUUGUGCCAAAAAAGAGCUGUAAAGAGCAUAGGUCCUUGGAAAACUGGUCUUAGUGGACAACUACAGAAAGCUUUUGUCACCGGGGUACCAAAGCUGAAUAGGGCUGAGCUAGAAACAGCAUGUGAAGAUUUCAGCAACAUUAUUGAAGCGUUUGAUGGUUACACUGUGUAUAAAGGAACUUUAUCAAGUGGUGUUGAGAUAGCUGUUGCUUCAACCGCUGUUUUGGAGUCUAAAGAAUGGACUAGAGCCAUGGAAAUGGCAUACCGUAGAAAGAUUGAUGCACUUUCUCGGAUCAACCACAAGAACUUUGUGAAUCUGAUUGGAUACUGUGAAGAAGAUGAGCCUUUUAAUAGGAUGAUGGUCUUCGAAUAUGCUCCAAAUGGAACCCUUUUCGAACAUUUGCAUGAUAAGGAGAUGGAGCAUCUUGAUUGGAGCGCAAGGAUGAGAAUAAUAAUGGGAACUGCUUAUUGUCUCCAACAUAUGCAUGAGAUGAACCCUCCCAUGCCACAUUCUGACUUCAACUCGUCUGAAAUAUACCUAACCGAUGACUACGCAGCCAAGGUCUCGGAGAUACCUUUCAACUUAGAGGCGAGAUUAAAGCCGAAAAAGCACGUGAGUGGUGACUUAGAGCAAGCAUCAUUGCUACUACCUCCAGAACCUGAAACUAACGUCCAUAGCUUUGGACUCUUAAUGCUCGAAAUAAUCUCCGGAAAACUCUCAUUUUCAGAUGAAUAUGGAUCUAUCGAACAAUGGGCAUCAAAAUAUCUUGAAAACGACGAUUUAGGAGAGAUUAUAGAUCCAUCGUUAAAGACAUUCAAAGAAGAAGAGCUUGAAGUGAUAUGUGACGUGAUAAGAGAAUGUCUAAAACCAGACCAGAGACAUCGACCUUCAAUGAAAGAUGUAGCGGAACAACUAAAACAUGUUAUUAACAUAACUCCUGAAAAAGCUACUCCAAGAGCAUCGCCACUCUGGUGGGCUGAACUCGAGAUCUUAUCCUCUGAAGCAACUUGACCCUCAAUGAAAAUGCUCUUUCUCUUUUACGUUGUACCAAAUUUUAUUUUUCUUCUGGUUUCUUGUAUCGGUUUUUUUUUUUUGCAUACGAGCUUUUGGUUCUUGAUUCUUCACAUUGAGUUUGUUUUGAUUAGUGUUUGCUUCUCGAUGGAUUUGGUAUAUACGAGUUUCGAUAUGUGUUUGUAUAAUGAGGCAUAGUAUAGGCAUAUAUCGUAUUCACGUGUAUAUUUGUGAUGAAAUAUGUGUGAGUAUAGUUUUUCU